GAGGUGAGGGCGAGCGGGCGGAACGGCUCCCACGGCUCUGCAGCCAACAGGAGGACAGACGGACACAGCGGGACGGGCUGACGGGUGAGGAGCUGCACCCGGCGAUGGGUGCUGAGGGGGGGGAACGCUCAAUGGGACGUGUGGCUGCAGGUGGGGUGGAAAUCCCCCCCCCCCUCAUCCCCCCCGCCCCUCUCCAAGCCCUUUGGCAGCUCCGUGCGUGCGGGGUCGGGUGGUGGAUGGGGAGCUCAGCACAGGGGGUCUGUGGGGCUGUGGGAUGGGGCUGUGGGAGGAGGAGAGGAGAGAGGAGAGAGGAGAGGAGGGAAUCAUCAUGGCGGCAGGAGCGGGCAGGAGAUUGGCCCCCCUCCCACCCACCCAUGUCCCAGUGCAGGAAUGUCCCCACGUCCCGACGUGGGAUGAUGUCCCCCGUCCCACUGUGGAAUGAGAUCCCCGUGGCCCACAAUGGGAUGGUGGUCUGUGGCCCCCGGGGGUGCGUGGUGGGACCGGUGCUGCGAGGCAGCGUUGGAGCAGAGCAGUGGGGCCCAGCGGGGUCUUUGGUUGGGACUGCUGCAGUCGUGGUGGUGUUUAACGGCCUGGGAUGAGAAGAGAACAGAGAUGGAGGUCUAUGGGGAUGCGAUGGGGGCUGCAGAUCACAGCAGGACCUGCUGCCAGCACCGGGCCCUUCCAUGGCCCCACAGAGGGGUGGGGACAGCUCACGAGCACACUGAGACACAAUGGGGAGCACCUCGUGCCCCGUGCACCACCCCGACGUGCCUCCAAACCCCGCAUGGAGCUGCAGUGGGGAAAAUGGGUGCAAACGUGGGGUGAAAUUGGACCGUGAUGGCACUGGAAUGGCACCGAUCCGCCAUGGGGUGGCUCCAACCACGACCCACACCGGUCAGCGGGGCCACAAAUCCGCACUGCAAGAAUCAGCACAGUGCUGUGCCCCUCUCAGCCCCAUCCCUGCUCAGGAAGGAGCCGGGACCGGACGGCGUCGUUUCCGUCCCUGCCUGCGUGCAUCCUGCUGGGCUGCGGCCGCCGGACCCCGUGACAGCAGCAAUCCAUUGGGCACAUCCAUAGGAAAGGGCUCCGUAGGAAAGGGAUCCCGGCGUGGGGUGGCCGCCGGGCACAGCGGACGGACGGGGUAGGACUGUAGGGUUGGGGAACCCGUGGCUCGUGUGGCCCAGACCUAUUUUGGGUGACGCCUCAACCGAGAGCCCCGCCGGGGUGUUCCCGAGCCGUGAAGCAAGAGGAGGGCCGGCAGGUGAACGUGGGGGCGAUGGCGGAGGGCACGGAGCUGGAAUGGGCCGUCCAGGUGCUGGUGAACAACUUUGACAAAUAUUCGAGCCGCUGCUGCUGCCGGAAGCCGCGGCGCAUCAGCAAGAAGGACUUCCGCAAGAUGCUGAGCCGUGAGCUCAACCACAUGCUGACGGACACGGGGAACAGGCGUGCGGCCGACAAGCUGAUCUGCGACCUGGAUGAGAACAAGGACGGGCGCAUCAGCUUCGAGGAGUACUGGACCUUGAUAGGCGGCAUCGCCAGCCCCAUCGCCCACAUCAUCCGCCAGCAGGAGCAGAGCGUCAAGCUCACCAAGUAGCCGGGCUGGGCCCACCCCCACCCCAGACCCCGAGCUCAGCCCCUGCUGCUCCAUGCCCCCCCCCCACCCCCCCUUGCUUUGUGCCCCCCCCCCGCUCAGGGCAUGCAGACCCCACACACCGGAGCAAAGGGGCGCGAGGUCACCACGGGGGGCUCCUCCUGCCCCAUCACUGCCCUCAUCCCCCCCCCCCUCCAGAGCUGGGCUGGAAGCGCAGGGAAAGGCUUCCCCCUCACCUAGGACACGAAUGCUGUUCGUUCUCAGCCCACCCCAACCAGCACCCCCUGCGCCCUCGGAGCACCCUCUCCUCCUCAAAGUGUUGGAGCCUCCAUGGGGUACCCCCUAACCCCUCCCACUCCCCCCCGGGGCUGGUGAAGGUCCGCCCUGCCCACCCCCGGGGCUGGGAGCUCCCGGCUACGGCCGCGGGUUAUUUAUUGCAGCAAUAAAGUUUGGAGGAGCA